AUGUCUUCAACUAUUAAGUCUUCUCAGUCUCUUCCCACCUAUUUUAUUGGCCAUGCCGGUGUGGGCCUUCUGUUUGAUUAUCGCCCGCGAAAUGCAAUUGUUCAAGCCAACUUGAGAAAUAUCGGGGAAGAGAUCCUAUCUCUAUCUCCCCGUCCCAAGGCCCUUGUUGUCUUUAGUGGUCAUUUUGAAGCAGGCGAGAUACAUGGACCCGGGGUAAUUGAAGUGAAUGUCAAAAGUCCGACACAUAUUCAACAUGAUUUUGUCAACGAUUUUCACGACUCUAAACCAUUCGUCUACGAAUACGACUGGCCGCAUCAAGAUGCACCUGAACUAGCCGCACAGCUUUGGGACCACCUACGGAGGGCGGGUUUCAAGGCCAAACGCGUAGAGCGAGGAGUGGAUCACGGUGUCUGGGUGCCAUUCAAGGUCAUGUUUCCAGAUGAGAAGCCGCUGGAUAUACCUGUAAUCCAAAUUUCUACAUUUCAUGGCUAUGAUCUCGAGAGCCAGAUCCGUCUGGGUCAGGCUCUGCAGUCGUUGCGACAUGACGGUUAUCUCAUUGUAGGUUCUGGCAUGGCUGUUCACUCGUUCGACUCGAUCGAUGAGAUCAUAGAUGCCCCGACAGAGGAGGCGAGGGAAGCUACCCGGGUCAAGGUCCUUGCCGAGUCGAGAGCCUUUGACACCCACUUGAGAGCGGCAGUAACAAAGAAAGAUGCGAAGGAGAGAAAUGAAGCUCUGCUGAAGCUGGAGACGCUGUAUGAGUUCAAGCGUUCCCAUCCGACUGUCGAGCACUUUACGCCACUUCUGGUUGCUGCUGCUGCGGCUGGGGAUGCCGAGGUGGAAGCCCUAGGCGUGGACAUAGUGGACCCUGGAUUUUCUUAUCUCAAUCUCCGUUUUGCCUAG